GCCGUUAGCGCGCGGUUUGAACAUGGCAGCGGCGGCCGGCGGCGCUCCGGGAGCGGGGCAGGGCCGCGGCGGUCCCUGCGUCUGUUCGGCCCCGCUCGCUGCGGUGGAGGCCGUGGCCGCGGACUGGAUGCUAGAGUUCGCUUGCUCCUGCCUGUGCCGGCGCUUCGGGGAUAGGAGCGGGGCGGAGUUCCGGCGCUGGAGCGACGUGGCGCAGGCUCUUAUCAAUGGCUUUUUCAAAAUACCUACACAUCAGAAAAAAACGGUUUAUCUCUGUCAGCUUUUGAUAAGAAUUGCAAAAGGAAAAACCCUCGAAUUACAGUUUGAAAAUGAUCAAACAAUUUCACCUUUGGAAUCUGCUCUGGCUUUCUGGACUUUACUUGAAAAGGAAGAAAUUAAACUGGAAAAGCUUCAUGAAGAUAUUCGUCGCUUGAUUCAAAUUCAGAUUGUAGCAGUUCAUAUGGAAAAUGGAUAUUUUAAGGAAGCUACCGAACUUCUUGAAAGGCUGUUUACAGACUCUGAAUCAGAUAAGCCUUUAAGGAUGAAGCUGGCAACCAUAAUUAAAAACAAGGAUCCAUAUGUUCCUCUUCUCCAAAGCUUCAGUUACAGUCUUUUAAUAAGUAAAAUCAAGUCCUACAUUGAACUUUUCAUGAAAGAAAAGGAAACUGACUUCUUAAUACAGGAAGCCACAAAAUAUGCAGAUUCUAAAGGAUUGGAGGCAACAACAUCGCAAAACAAAUCUGUGAAUGUCAGUGAAAAUGACAAAAGUAAUUUGGACACAAAGCAAAGAUUGGUGGAAGAGCAACAGUAUAUCACAAAUCAGUCACCUGGAGACAGCAAAAAACCCACAAAAAGGCCUUAUUCGGGGCAGAAACACACAGGGAGCAGAGUUCUUCAGAGUCUGAACAACUUGCAGAAUGUGGAAAACCAUAGAGUUUCAGCUUGUGGCCGAAAAAGACAGCGAUGGACUUACAAAGAAGACUUGGAACUGAAAUCAGGAGUAAAGAUGUUCGGAGUGGGUAACUGGGCUAAAAUUUUGGCCCAUGGUGACUUCAACAACCGAACAAGUGUCAUGUUAAAAGACCGGUGGAGAACACUGUGCAGGAUUGACCUAGCCUAGCUUUCCAGAAUAACAACUUAUUUUAGUCUCAAAGUGUCCAGCAGUGUUGCUGUCCUAAAAUGUGAAACAGAAUAGUAAUAGGUAUAAAACAUUUAUGUAAGCAAAGUUCUUCAGGUGAUGUCUUUAAUGUGAAGCCUAAUACACAGUGUGAACUUUAUGGCAGAUGAACCUUGGCUAACAUUAAAAAAGUUCCUUAUUACUA